AGCAGCAGCAGCCCCGCCCGCCGCGGCCCAGCAGCUUCCAGAAGGGCCGCGCGCGGGCUAGCGAGCGGGGGCCGCCCACAGUUGUGGCGCAGCAGGAAUUGCCGCCCUGCCGCCGCACCGCGGGCGGGGGGGAUGCUCCUGUUUAUUUUUAACCGGGCGGCUCAUCCUCUCCGGCUGCCCGAGCGCGGGCGCUCCCCGCCCUGGCCCCGCCUAUAAAAGGCCGCCCGCGGGGGGCUGAGGAUGCAGCUUUAUAGCUCUGUGAUCACCCACUACCCGGCAUCGGGGGCGGCGGCGGCAGCGGCAGCAGGCGGGGCGGGCGUGUUCAAGGUCUCCCUGCCGGCGGUGCCCCCCUCUCCGGACACAGCGAGCGCCGCGGGCCAGAGCCCGGCCGCCGAGCACCCCGCUAAGGAGAGUCUGGUGCCCGGAGGCAGCGGUGCCGCCAUGACCGCCUUCUCCUCCUGCCUGGAGCUGAUGCCGGGCGGGCCCGCGGCGGCCCCGCAGUACAGCUCCAGCGCGCAGAUCACCGUGAGCCGCAGGAGGCCGCUGGAGAGGAUCGUGCCCAUCCGCAUCGUGCAGCGCCCCGAGCCCCCCGUGGAGCUGGCCCCGGCCUCUCCGCAGAGCCGAGCCUGGCUCGAGGGCAUCCUGGAGAGCAUGAGACAAGCCGGCGGGGACGCGGAGACCGCCGCAGCCCCGCACCGCCCGGAGGAGCCCAGCAACCACAGCCUCCGCCUCAGCGAGCACUGCCAGGCUCUGCAGGCGGCGGCCGGCGCCCAGCCCGGCCCGGCAGCCUCCUGCGGCGGCGGCGAGGAGAGCAGCGGCCAGGCCCUGCCCUGCUCCCCGCUAGCGGAGGAGGAGGAGGGCCCCGGCCCAAGGAGGGGGCCGGAGCGGAGUGAGAAGCUGGCUCUGUACCUGGCCGAGGUGGAGAAGCAGGACAAAUACCUGCGGCACAAGGGCCGGUUCCGCUUCCACAUCAUCCCUGACGGAAACUGCCUGUACCGCGCCAUCUGCAAGGCCGUGUACGGGGACCAGCGGCUGCACAGCGAGCUCCGCGAGCAGACUGUGCACUACAUCGCCGACCACCUGCACCACUUCAGCCCCAUCAUCGAGGGUGAUGUGGGCGAGUUUCUCAUCGGUGCCGCCCAGGACGGCGCUUGGGCUGGCUACCCUGAGCUCCUGGCCAUGGGGCAGAUGCUGAACGUAAACAUUCACCUCACCACGGGCGGCAGGCCAGAGAGCCCCACCGUCUCCACCAUGGCCCACUACCUGGGCCCUGAGGACCCGGCCCGGCCCAGCAUCUGGCUGAGCUGGCUCAGCAAUGGGCACUACGACGCUGUGCUGGACUGUGUGUGUCCCAACCCGGAGUACGAGGCCUGGUGCAGGCAGACUCAGGUGCAGCGGAGGCGGGACGAGGAGCUUGCCAAAUCCAUGGCCAUGUCACUGUCUAAGAUGUACAUCGAGCAGAACACCUGCUCAUGAGACUGCCUAGUCUAGAGGCUCAAAGCCCUACUCCAGGUCAAGAGAGACAGUUUGCACCGGCCAUGGUGGUGAUGCCUUAAUCCUUCAUAAAGCAGCGGUGCCCUAGACUGAGGAGCCUCCCUACAAUAUUAAACCGGGGGGAUGACAAAUCCAAACUUGUAUUUGUAAUAUUCUCUUGUAUAAAGUUAGACCUGGAUUAUUUGGAAGCGGA